GGUCUCGUCUGUCUAGUUGUCGACGGUAGAUGCAUAGGCAGUCCUGGAAAGAAUCUGAGGGGUGAAAGUUUCUUUCUUUCAGUUUUUAUAUAAAUAUAUUCUUUUAUUUCUUUAGGGUAUUGAAGUCCUUUAAACAUGGCUUCCUCGGAUGUUGCUCGUCAGCCGGAUCAAGGAACCCGGCCUUUGUCCCUCGCUGGCCAUGUAGGCUUUGACAGUCUUCCAGAUCAGCUUGUCAACAAGUCCAUCACACAGGGCUUCUGCUUCAAUAUUCUCUGCAUCGGUGAGACCGGUAUCGGCAAGUCUACACUGAUGGACACCCUAUUUAACACCAACUUUGAGAACUUUGAGUCAUCCCAUUUUGAACCUCAAGUGAAGCUGCGGGCCCAAACCUACGACCUGCAGGAAAGCAACGUCAGACUUCGUCUCACUGUGGUCAACACUGUUGGCUUUGGGGACCAGAUGAACAAACAAGAAAGCUAUCAGCCAGUGGUGGACUACAUUGACAAGCAAUUUGAGACUUACCUUCAGGAGGAGCUAAAAAUCAAGCGCUCUCUGCACAACUACCAUGACUCCCGAGUGCACGCCUGUCUGUACUUUAUCUCCCCCUCGGGCCAUUCGCUCAAAUCUCUGGACCUUGUAACAAUGAAGAAGCUGGACAGCAAGGUGAACAUAAUUCCAGUUAUUGCCAAGGCAGACACCAUCAGUAAGAGCGAGCUGCACAAAUUCAAGAUCAAAAUCAUGAGCGAACUGGUCAGCAACGGCGUGCAGAUCUACCAGUUUCCUCUGGACGACGAAACCGUGGCCAAAGUCAACACCACCAUGAAUGGCCAUCUCCCGUUUGCUGUCGUAGGCAGCACAGAGGAGGUGUGUGUUGGCAAUAAGAUGGUGAAAGCUCGCCAGUAUCCAUGGGGCGUUGUUCAAGUGGAAAACGAGCAGCACUGCGACUUCGUGAAGCUGAGGGAGAUGCUCAUUUGUGUAAACAUGGAGGACCUGAGAGAGCAAACCCACACACGCCAUUACGAACUUUACCGGCGCUGCAAGUUGGAGGAGAUGGGCUUUAAGGACACCGACCCCGAGUGCAAACCUGUCAGUUUGCAGCAGACGUAUGAGGCCAAGCGUCAGGAGUUCCUGGCUGAGCUGCAGAAGAGAGAGGAUGAAAUGCGGCAGGUUUUUGUUCAGAGGGUGAAGGAGAAGGAAGCAGAGCUGAAGGAGGCUGAAAGAGAGCUGCAGAGUCGUUUUGAGCAGCUGAAGCGUCUGCAUGCCGAUGAGAAAGCAACUCUGGAGGAGAAGAGGCGCCUUUUGGACGAAGACCUGAGUUCAUUCAGUAAGAGAAAAACUGCAGCUCAGCUGCUGCAGGGCCAGAGCCUCGCGGUCAACGGCAAGAAAGACAAGGACCGUAAGAAUUCUGCUUUCAUGUGAAGACUUUGAAGAUCUGAAGUGCACCUCAUUAUGACCAGUGUAACCAGUGGCCUUCUGCCAUUCCUUCCAGCCAGUCCACAACACUGCCUUGAAAAAAAAA